AUGAGACACACUGCCAGAGUACUUCAGUCGCUCGAGCGACAAGUCGUGCGUGCCAAGAGCAUUGCAUUCAUUGGUCUCGGUCGAAUGGGCUCUGAGAUGGCCUUUAACUUCUUCUCGAAGACAUUCGCAGAAUCACCCGAUGCCCACUUUGUCGUUUGCGACGCGCUCCCAACCAGUGCGAUCGCCUUCCGUCAGAACUUUGUGGCCCAGUUUCCUGGGGCACACAUUGACAUUGUUCGCACCCCCAAAGAGGCAGUGUAUGCUUCUCAAACAGUAUUGACAAUGCUUCCAUCCUCGCCUCAGGUGAAGACCGUGUAUUCUGAAGCAAACGGGGUCAUCCCUGCGUUGCAGUCUCUCAGCUCCGCGGAGUUGGAGCGCUCUCUUUUUAUCGACUCCACAACGCUAGAUGUCGGAAUUGCCCGUAGCGUCGCGGCAGACGUGAUCUCUGCAGGGGCGCAAAUGGUGGACGCACCCGUAUCGGGAGGUGUAACAGGUGCCAAAGCUGGCACGCUGGCUUUUCUUGUUGGCGGGACCGAGAGUGCUUUUGACCUGUCGCAGCCGAUCCUCACCCGCAUGGGCAAUCGCAUUAUCCAUUGUGGCCCAUCAGGCGCUGGUCUUGGGGCCAAAAUAUGCAAUAACCUGGUUCUUGGAGUGCAACAGAUUGUCGUCGGCGAAGCAAUGUUACUUGGACAGAAGUUGGGUUUGGAUCCGCGAAUACUUGCAGGGGUCAUCAACAGUUCUACCGGCGGUUGCUGGGCUUCGUCAGUCAACAAUCCGGUACCGUAUUCGCUCCCCGGAAAGUCACCUCCAUGUGAACGUGAUUACGAGGGCGGAUUUGCGACUGCUUUGAUGUUAAAGGACAUGCUUCUUGCGACAGAUAUCGCGGCCUCAACCGACAGCCCAUUACCACUUGGAAAGUCUGCGCAGAAUUUCUAUGCCGAGAUGUUGAGGCAUCGACCGGAUCUGGCACAAAAGGACUUCUCUUCUGUAUACGAGCGCCUGGAGGAAAUGAGACGAGAUGAUUAA